UUUCAAGAUGUGCAUUUCAAGUAUUGACGUUAGUCUGAUCGCCGUACGUAGAUAAACAGAUUCUGUAAAGACUAACCAAUCAUUGUUGGAGGAGGGUGGAGAAUCUAGUAGUUUGUAAAGCGCUCUGCACCAAUAGGCUUGAUUGUUGUUGGAGGGACUGCAGCGCUGAGGAAUGAUCAACGCGACUUAUGCUUAAGUUGAUAAACGAAGUGCUCGUAAUAUCCAAGGUAAGAGCCUCAUACCAAUGACCCCAGCUUUCUCUCUCUGGAUCUGAAGAAGUGAAGUUAACCUGAGGUCUCCAUGUGUAUCAUCUUCUUCCAGUUUAAACCCCAUGCAUUUUCUGAUUACAGGUUUAUCCUAGCAGCAAACCGAGAUGAGUACUAUUCCAGACCAACAGAGCCAGCAAAUUUCUGGGGAAACAACUGUGAUAUUCUAAGUGGACUGGAUAUGGAAAAAGGCAGAGAAGGAGGAACGUGGUUGGGUAUUAGUAAGAAGGGCAAGUUUGCUGCACUGACCAAUUAUCUUCAACCUGUAAUCAGUCUGAACGCACAGGGGAGAGGUCAUCUGGUGGCAGAUUUCCUGACUGAGGAGGUAGAGGGUUUAACUUACUUAAAUAAAGUAUCUUCAGAAGGGCAUCUGUACAAUGGAUUUAACUUGAUAACUGCAGAGUUUAAUAAUACCAAAGGAGAUACGAUGUGUUACUAUGGAAAUAAAAGUGGCCAGGAGCCCAAAACACUGGAACCAGGUAUUUAUGGGCUUUCGAACAGCCUUCUUGAGACUCCAUGGAAAAAACUUGUUCAUGGAAAAAAACUUUUCACAGAUACAAUUAAACAAAGCAAUGAACUUUCGCAAGAGAAUUUGGUACAAGAACUCAUCAAUGUGUUGAACAAUGAGGAGUUCCAGUUGCCAGCUCCUGACAUAGAGGAGCAGGGUCAAGAUUUCAUUCGGCCGAUACUAAAGGAGAUUUCAGCAUUGUUUGUCCGCACUUCCUUUUAUGGCACCCGGACAAACACAGUCAUCCUCGUUGAUGCAAAAGGUCACGUAACCUUCACAGAGCGUACUAUGCUCAACUGUGACGUUAACCAAUGGAAAGUCAGCUCCUUCCAGUUUGAACUUGAGAUUUAACAGCUUUCCAUUCAAUGCACAGUAAAAAAAAGAAAGGAAUGGAGAACAAAGUUGAAUGGAAAUGAAAGCAUACUUCACAGAUCCUGCAGGUUUCUGGGGCACUAUGGAUGUAAAUGUUUGAUUAAAUCGUACUGCAGCCUAGCAACUGCCAUGCUUUAAAAUGCACAGUAUCUUUAAUGCUUCAUGGUGUUCCAUAUAUUUAUGGUCAAUGUUUGUAUGUAUUUCUCAGCGAGUGUAUCCUAUUGAAUGUCUGUGGAAAUGUGUGUUCAUUGUAUAAUUGUGUUUGUCUGUGUGCAGUCUCUAUCUAUGUAUUUGUGCGAGUGUGAAUGCAUAUAUUACCUGGAUCUUAUGUUUUUGGCAGGAUGAGGAAGGCAAAAUAGAAAAUGAGUGAUCUGCUCACUCCUUUCUCUGCUCUCUCCAUUUCAGUCUAUCCAACCAAGAACCAGAUGGCCACUUAUUGUCUUUCUGGCAGAGGGUAAUGCUGCAAACAGGAAGUCAGUCACAGCUACAGUCCUUUGUUUAUUGUCGGCCCAAAACAUAUCUAAGAUGAUUUUUUUUUAAAAUCACAUGCAGAUGCCGCCACCCUCCCUGGAAUAAUCUGCUGUUACAUUGAAGCAUGGACCCAUUGUCAGGACUAUUUCUUCUACCCUUGUGUCACUGCAUCUAAUGCCAUAAACACCCAACCCAAGCUCAAAAUCUUGUUAAUUAGGAAUUACGCAGUCAGGCCGCUGAUUUGCAUGUCCGCUUGGCUUCUGUAAUUUCAGAGACUGGUGUGAUGAUGUCAUGUUUCCAACAAAACAUCAAAACAUUUUACGUUCACGUAGCAAUGGGUGGUUGGUGGUCUGCCUGAUUUGUGGUUGCAAAAUCCAGCUGUGUGUUUGUGUGUGCAUGUGAAUGUGCAGGUGUGUGACUGUAAGUGUGUGGAUGGAAAGCUGCUUUUAUUUGUUCCAGACAAAAAAACUGCAGAUGCUGGAAUCCAAGGUAGACAAACAAGAGAUUGGAAGAACACAGCAGGCCAGGCAGCAUCUGGAGGAAAGGAGCAGUCAACGUUGUUUGUUCCAGCUUGAUUAAUAAUUCUACCAUUGUUCAGUGCAGUUGUAUUCUUAGAAAUAAUGCGGGUCAUUUCAGCUUAUUUACUUUUUUUUUAAACAAGUUGACCAUACUUUUAUGUGGAAUAUUAGGAUUAAGACAAAAAUGUGUAUUUUUUCUACCCGUCCUCCACAGUUUUUCCAUUCCUAUAAAUCUUUGCCCUCCCAUUCAUCCACAGUUGUGAGCAAUUGGUGGCUGAUUGCCUAGCUUCUGCUAUAUAACUCGGUGACCAGCCACAAGAGGACAUUUAGGCUAACCAGGCUAACUUUCUGCUGAACAUUUUUACUUUCCUUGACAUGUGGGGUAGGCUUUCCUCAGGGUAAUCUCAGCACUACUGCACUCCCAGCAGGAAGGCACUUUGGAACAGAAUGUGGCUGAGUAAAUCAUGACAGCACUGGUAGUUCCCUCUCACACAACCUGUGUUCCUGUUGGGAACUUGCUUCAAGCUGCACUAUUCAGGGAUAGCAUUAUUAGUAUGAUAUGCUAUUCUCGAGACUGAAGGACGUAAAUUAUAAAGGUGGAAACGUUAUCAUGGAAAGGUGUUAAAAUUGUUGUCAAUUGAUUUUUCUUAAUCUUUCAAAGAAGGGAGAGAAUAAUGACAGCCUUCUCCAUGAACAAAUGGUAUUCAUUGUCAAUUCUAAAAGUGUAUAAGUGACUAUAUUAUACUGAAUGUUAUUUUUAGAAAUGCAUUAGAUGCACAAAACAUUUUUGAUUAAUUAUUUGAACAUGCCAACAAUGAAAGUUAACUGUUGGUAGCUGCAGUCUUUCAUUUGAUUCAAUAAAAUGACACAGGAAAAUCCACCCAUAUUAAAUCCAUAUACAAGGUGCUGCAAUUCCUGUCUGUGUGUCAUUAUUGAAAACAGAAUGAAGUACAGAGCCUUCAAAUUAGUUCCAGGGCUUCUUAGAAACUGUUUUUCCGACUCAGGUCUGUAAUAGAUUUUUAUUGUUGAAUCAUACAAACUAAGGAGGGGUCUCUUGAUUGCCUUCAUAAAGGCCAAAGGUGGUAUGGCUUCAGUUUCAUUCCCCAUUUUGUGCAGUGUUACUGAUCUUAGUCGACAAGGCAUUAGGAGUGCAGCAGUUUGCAUCGGUGGGAAAAACUGUCUGAAUCCAUGCUUGGUAUGUACUGACACCUGCUGGGAAGUGUGUGUGUCUAUGUUUUGAGUGGGUGAGGGUUAAUGGACUCAGCCUUGAUAACAGUGGGAGGUCAGAUAGGCAGACAACCUUAAUAUGUGACAAAUAAAUAUUUCAAAUGAGAUACUGGAGAAUGCCCAAUGAUUCUGGAACAAAGAAUCAAUAUUUUCAGGAGGAUAAAACAUUUCUGGCAAAGUUGGGAGAGGGAAGAACUGUAGCUGAUGUGGUAGAAGGCAAAGCCAGCUUGUCCAAAUGAACAAUUCCCAAGUUUCAGUUUUUAUCUGUCAUUUGGGAAGGUUGAAUAAAGUCAAAAGAGACUUAAUUGACUUUGAUUGUGGCCAUUUGUGUUUGAUAUAAGAGAAGUGGUGUAAGCUUGGAACAGGUAAUUUCCAACCUCUGAAAUGAAUGCAAACAGUGUGAGGAACAUACCAGAAGGGAAGAUGCUGGGGUAAGGAAGAAAUCUCUUGGACAAGUCAGAUAUACAUUGUUUUACAGGGAUAAUGAUCAACAUAAGAAUGAAUGGAUUUUUCAGCAACUGUGAGACUCUCAACAGAUGUCAUCUCUUUUUUUUUAAUUUCUAAUUCUGGAAGUCAAGAGAUUGGUUGAAGGGUUUAUCUACUGUCACAGAAACAUUAUUGUGCUGGAAGAAUGAGCUUAAGAAUGGGUUCUGAUUUGUUUGCCCUAUCUGAAUUAAGUCAGAAGUCAUACGACACUAAGUUAUAGUCCAACAGGUUCAGUUGAAAUCACAAGCUUUCAGAGUGCUGCUCCUUCAUCAGGUGAAGUGGAAGGAAGCAGCAGUGUUCCAAAAGUUUGUGAUUUCAAAUAAUCCUGUUGGAUUAUAACCUGAUGUCGUGUGACUUGUGACUUUGUCCACCCAGUCCAACACUGGUACCUCCACAUCAUGGCUAUAUGAAUUAAGUUAAAUGUGUGCAAUGCUACCAUUCCAUCGAUUUUGGUUUUUUUUUCCCUCCAAUUACUUCUACAAUAAUUGUAGAGGAGAUUGGUUUUAAGUGCUGCUUUAUAUGAUUGGAUUUAAUUACCUGUAUUGCUAAUUGGAGCUAUUAUCUGGAUUUAGUUUGUACUGCACUUUUGAAACGAGCGGAAAUAGACAAUUCAACCCCUUGAAUUUAUUCCAACAAUCUAUUAAAUUACGUUGAAAUGUACCACAUUUCUACUUAUCUGCCUUUAUUCCAAUCCUUUGAUACACGUAACUAACUACAAUCUAUCAAAAACAAACUUGAAAAUAUGAAUUCAACAGUAUUGCUCACAUUUUGAAGGCGAUGUAGUUUUAGAAUUCACUAAUCCAGCUGGAAACAAUCUUCCUAAUUAUGGCAACUAGUUUUGGAUUCCAUGCUAGAGCAAAUGGUUUAAUUGCAUCUACCAUAUCAAGCUGUAGAGUCAUAGAGUCAUACAGCACAGAAAAAGACCCUUCGGUCCAACUUGUCUAUGCUGACCAGAUAUCGUAAAUUAAUCACAGUCCUAUUUACCAGCAUUUAGCCCAUUUGCCUCUCAACCCUUCCUUUUCAUGUACCCAUCCAGAUGCCUUUUAAGUGUUGUAAUUGUACCAGCAUCCACCACUUCAUCUGACAGCUCGUUCUCUGCCCUCUGCAUGAAAAAGUUGCCCCUUAAGUUCCUUAGUUAUUUUCAAUACCUCCAAUAAGUUGCCCAUCAAAAUCAAUGAAUUAUAAGCCAAGUGAAUACAAUCUGCCUUUUUGAAUUAAUCCUUUAAGAUAUAGUAGUAUCCUUUGUCGAUAUGCACUGUACCCCUUCCAAAAUUAAUGUAUUUUUCCUGGGAUUCGGAACUUUGUUGGAGUCUGAUGAAGAUUCUGUACAACUGAAGCAUCACUUCCUCCACAUUAUAUUCCUCAUUGUGUUGAAGGCCAAUAUUCCAUUACCAUAUUUGAUUGCUUUUCAUACCCAUACAGCAACACAAAAACGUGAAGCCCCUUUAUCCUUCUCAGUUGUAUAACAAUAGAACUAUGUGUCUCUAGUCAAUGGUUACAGAAAUUAAAGGUACAUUUCUACAGCAGACUGGCCCAGUUGCACUGGAAAAAAACAUGAAUAGGCUAAAGUUCCAAUGAUUAAAAAUAGUCAUAAAGCUUUCAUUUUCCAAAAUAAAAAAUGCUAGAGAUCACAACGGGUCAAGCUUUCUCCCCAUGUGUCUGUCCUCGGCAUGAUACAGUGCUCCAGUGAAUCACAGCGCAAACCGGAGGAAUGACAUCUCAUCUUCAGACUAGGCACUUCACAGCCUUCUGGACUUAAUAUCAAGUUCAACACGUUCAAAUUGUGAACUCUCUCCCAUUCCUUCCCUUUCUUUUAGGUUUACUUGUUACAUUCUCUGUUACCAAGUAUUCUCUCCUCUCUCCCCAUCCCACUUGGACUGUCUGUUCUUUCCAGUCUGGCAAUUAGACACACCAUUGUUCUGCGAUUCUCACAUUCCAAUCAUUUAAUCUGAACCAUCAACAUCCUUUCUCUCCCAGGAUUCUACCCCCACCUCCCAACCUGCACUACUGCAUAAAUGCUGCCCCCUCCACACUUCAUGUCAGCUCUGAUGAAGAGUCAUCUAGACUCGAAACGUUAGCUUGCUUUCUCCCCAUGGAUGUUGCUGACCUAUUGUGAUCUCCAGCAUUUUUUUGUUUUCAGCACAGAUUCCAGCAUCUGCUGUAAUUUGCUCCUUUUAUUUUUCAAACCCUGGCCUGCUCGGGAAUCAAUUAGCUAUGCCAUCAAUUCAACAUUAUCACAACCAAACAGGUUCAGAGAAAUUUAUUUAUGUAAAGAAUUGUUGGGAGAUAUUAUAUUUUGCUGCAGUAAGUAUUUGUAGCAAACAUAAUUCCAUCUUCUAACAGAAAAGUAGAUAAAGACUUUAAGCAGAGGAAGGUACAGAGCUAUGGAAAAGUGGUAAGGCAGAGAAAUUAAUUUUGGAGUGCUGUUGCCAAAAGCCAGCACAGCGCUGAAUGGCCUCCUCAUGCACUCUAAGGUUUUGUUGCCUUCUAACUGUUCUGCUUUCUCCUCAUUUGGUUUUCCUUUCCUUUUUUCAUUUUCUUUGAUUUUCUCUCUCUUUUAUAGUUUCAUAUUCAUGACUGACUUCCUCCCUUUAUUUCAGUAUUCCUCAUUUCUUUGAUCUUUCUAUGUGAAAAUGAGACUGAAAGCAAACAGCAGAAAAAUGGAAAAGUAAUACAAUACAAUGAAUAACUUGUACUUUGGAUGCUGGAGGGAAAAUAUGAGACAGGAUAAAAAAAGGGAAAAGAAAAGAAACAAGAAGGAAUUGAAAGGAAAAUGGUGAAAUAAAUCGCAACAGAAGAUAGGACAGAUUAGUAAAAGAUAAAUAAAGGUAAAUGAGAACAGACUAAAAUUGAAGAAUAAGUAGUUAAAUUAAAAAUUAGAAUGUCUUAAUACUUGAAAUCAUAACAUCCAGGAAGGUUCUGAAAAUCCUUUUCUAAUGAGAAUGGGAGGAAAUCUGCUUUUCCCAUAGUUAAUGGUAUUAAUGAAAUGAUUUGAUCCAUGCAAAUCCUGAGAAUGCUAUUUCCUUCUCAGAUUACCAAUUGUGAAGAAAAUGUGUCUUUUUUUCAUUAUAAAAUGAAUUUCUGACUUAUGGUUUUGUUUUUAUAAAUGUCACCAAUAUAGAAACCCCCUAGCAUUUGCAAUAAACCUCUUUAUUUUGAAUGAUAAUGGUCUCUCGAAGUUAAAUUACCUUUUCAUGUCAUAAUCUAAAAACUGUCCCUUCAACCUAACUUGUCUUUUCAAAAAAUCACAAGUAAUUUUAGCUACUGCUAUACUUUCACAAAUGCCAAGACAUAUACCUUUGACAUAAGCAGUUGAUUAUUUUGUCAAGUUCUGCUCAGUUAUAUUCCAAAUGUCAUAUUUUUGUGUACCAAGAAUAAUGUAUUAGAUAUAGGUAUCAGCAAAUGUCACUGCAGGGACUUUUUGGGGUGAUUCACUUGAAUUCAGAAUAUAUUGGUGCAAUUCUACAAUUAUUUGAGCGGUAUAUGUCAUCAUUCGUGUGGUCAUAACUGCAAAUCUUAGCAUCUUCUUGUUGAAGUUAAUUCAACAGCAUAAACAAAUUUAAUACAUAGUAUUUUACAAUUCAAAGUUUCUUUUUCCAUAACAAUACAAAAUAGAAUUUUGCAUUUCCUAAUGAUUGUUCUUAAUUACUAAGUUUGUAAUAAAAUGUUACGUACCAGUAUCAAUAAAAGUUGUUCUAAUUAGAAA